AAAUAUGCUACAACUGUUGAUGAUCUGGAACAUUUGGGUGAUCUUGGCAAUGGUACCUGUGGACAUGUUGUGAAAAUGCUCCAUAAGCCCAGCAGGAAAGUCAUUGCUGUAAAGCAAAUGAGACGAACUGGGAACCGUGAAGAGACAAAGCGAAUCCUGAUGGAUCUGGAAGUGGUCCUUCAGUCUCAUGACUGCCCUUACAUAGUUCAGUGCUUGGGCUGCUUCAUUCGUGAUGCUGAUGUUUGGAUCUGUAUGGAGCUCAUGGCCACAUGCCUUGAUAAGCUCAUCAAGAAGCUUCGCCAGCCAUUCCCUGAACCUAUAAUUGGAAAAGUUUCUGUAGCUACAUUGAGAGCCCUCCAUUAUUUGAAGGAGAAUCAUGGUGUGAUUCACCGUGAUGUGAAACCUUCCAACAUCCUCAUUGAUGAGAAAGGAUGUGUGAAGCUCUGUGAUUUUGGCAUUUCUGCACGGCUAGUUGAAUCAAAAGCCAAAACCAGGAAUGCAGGGUGUGCUGCAUACAUGGCUCCUGAGAGGAUAGAACCACCUGAUCCCUCCAAGCCUGACUAUGACAUACGUGCUGAUGUCUGGAGUUUGGGGAUCACUCUAGUAGAAUUGGCCACAGGGCAGCUUCCAUACCAUGACUGCAAGACUGAUUUUGAAGUCUUGACUCGAGUCCUCAAUGAUGACCCUCCAAGGUUACCAGAGAUUUCAAAAUUCUCUCGCGAGUUCCGGUAUUUUGUUCAGGACUGUCUGACCAAGGAUUAUCGACAGAGGCCAAAAUACAGGAAACUUCUUGAAUAUCCUUUCAUCAUACGAUAUGAAGGGGUACCAGUUGAUGUGGCAGCUUGGUAUGCAGGCGUGUGCCAGCAAAUUGAAGCUCAUGAACCACAUUCUCAGGUUGGAAGUGGUGCUACUAGAGGAAAUUCUCCCAAAAAGUUGGGGGUUUCUUCCUCAGGGGGUUCUCCUCGUGUGGCCCCAAAGCCAACACGAGAAGUCUCACAGAUGUUCCCUUCUUCCUCAAAUUCCUCCUCCUCUCCUAGUUUGUAUCGAGUGCCAUUAUCAAGGGAACCAUCACCUCUUCGUGUUGGAGGAAAGCCUCUUCCAUCUCCUGUUGUACCUAGGAGGCCAUCUAGAGAGAAUUCCCCUUGCCCUUCACGUUCUGCAUUGGCUUCCAAUGCUAGCAAUUCGGGAACAUCAGUGAACAGUCCAUUUGUUCGCCAUCAUUCCUUGACAAGGGAGAGCCCUCACUAUGGACAGCACUCUCAUAUAGGGGGUUCCCUGCGAGGAGAGCCACGUGACUGGGGUUCAUAUUCUACUGACAUUCAGCAGCCUCCAAGUCCACCUCGAGAGACUCCUCCUAGCGUGGUCUUUUAUCCAAACAAAAACCUCUAUGUAUUCCAGCGGAGUGCACCUGAUAGUAGUGAUCUCUUGGAGCGAGGAGCCAGUUCACGACUGGGUCUUCUCCCCCCACGGAGUGAUAACUCCUCAUCUACCAAACGGAUUGCAGGACAAUUACUAUCCCGUUUCCUUGGUAGGAACAAGCCCACUCCCAAUGUGGGAUCAGAAUCAGGGAAGUGGUACCUCCCAUCACCAAUACCAAGCUCAAGGAGAAGGUUGUCUGACACUGCAUCCUCUCCCACCUCUCAUCCAACACCAUUCUUCAUGAGACCCACUUACACUCCAGAACCAGUGCGGAAAUUCCAUUGAAAGCGAAAGCAAACCCCAAGUCAUUCUCAUUGUGGUAUCUCUUUUUGAGAGCAGUAAUCUGAUGAUAUUAUGAUUGUACUAGGUUGACUCUUACUGGUGUUUCAUGACUAUCUCCC